CGGGAACAGUUCUCUCUUGUUGACUAUUCGCGAGCGUUCACAGGCAUUGACUCUCGGUGGUCAUGGCGGUUAGGGAUCAUCUGCGGGUAUAUAUUCCUUCCUCCCUCGCUCCGGGAUCCCAAUACCGCUCCCUAGUCUCUUCUCACCUCUGUUCUCCCCCCACUCGCUCGGCGUUCCUUUCUUCAGUCAUCGAGAGUUCCUUGAUUCGCCUUCGUCGUUCCGCCGAUCCGAUGCCUUCGCCACCGGCCGUGGCGCGUACCAUUUUGGUCACCGGUGGCGCCGGAUACAUUGGCAGCCACACGGUUCUGCAGCUCCUCAAAGGGGGCUUCCGAACCGUGGUGGUGGACAACCUCGAUAACUCCUCGGAAGUCGCCGUCGAGCGGGUCAGAGAGCUUGCGGGGGAGUUCGGCAAGAACCUCGUCUUCCACAGGGUUGAUCUUCGAGACAGGGAAGCACUUGAAAAAGUUUUUUCUUCAACUACGUUUGAUGCAGUCAUACACUUUGCAGGACUUAAGGCUGUUGGUGAAAGUGUAAAAAAACCUUUAAUGUAUUACAACAACAACCUCAUUGGUACAAUAAAUCUCUUCGAAGUAAUGGUUGCAUAUGGAUGUAAAAAGCUGGUUUUCUCCUCAUCAGCCACUGUUUAUGGGUGGCCCAAGGAAGUACCCUGUACAGAAGAAGUUCCUCUAUGUGCAAUGAACCCAUAUGGACGAACUAAGCUUAUGACUGAAGAUAUCUGUCGUGAUAUCUGCCAAGGUGACAAUGAUUGGGAUAUAAUACUAUUAAGAUAUUUCAAUCCUGUUGGAGCUCAUCCUAGUGGAUGCAUUGGUGAAGAUCCUCAGGGAAUUCCUAAUAACCUCAUGCCUUUUGUACAACAAGUAGCUGUUGGUAGGAGGCCUGCCCUGACAGUAUUUGGAAAUGACUAUUCAACCAAGGAUGGGACAGGGGUAAGGGAUUACAUUCAUGUAAUUGAUUUAGCGGAUGGACAUAUUGCAGCUUUGCAGAAGCUCUUUGAAGGUUCUCAUAUAGGCUGUGAAGCCUAUAAUCUAGGAAGUGGGAAGGGAACAUCUGUUUUGGAAAUGGUGGCAGCAUUUGAGAAGGCUUCUGGGAAGAAAAUCCCUUUGGUCAUGGCUGAAAGGCGACCUGGUGAUGCUGAAACUGUUUACGCAUCCAUUGCCAAAGCAGAGAAGGAGCUACAUUGGAAGGCAAAGUAUGAUAUUGAAGAGAUGUGUCGAGAUCAAUGGAACUGGGCUAGCAAAAAUCCUUGGGGAUACAAAUCGCCUGAGACCACUAAUGAUAAGCAUCUUACUUGUGGAUCUCCUGAAACUAUUAAUGGGAAGCUCCCUACUUAUGCGUUGCCCAAGAUUGCUAACGGAAGGCUCUGUACUACUGGGUCAUUGGGCAAUUCCAAUGGAAAGCAUCAUAUUUAUGGAGCACCUAAGAUUGCUACUGGAAAGCAUCCUACUUUCGGGUCGUCUGAGACUGGCAAUGUGCACGCUUCUAAUAGAUUGCCUCGGACUACCAAUGGGAAGCAUCAUUCUUAUGGAUCACUUGAGACUGUGAAUGGAGUUCACCCUACCUAUCGAUCAUUUCAGAUUGCCAAUGGAGAGUACCCUACACUAGAAUAAUUCAACUCUUCAACAGAAAAAAAAGAAAGAUCACUAAUCGACAAUUUGAUACAAUACAUGUGGCAUAGUCCAGCUGAUACGAUUAUUCAAUUAUAUGUCUGUUAUGUGAAUAAACAUGCUUCUAUGAUAAAAAAGGCAUGAUAGUCAAAAGUGUCUUUACAUUUAUCUUUCUUUUGAGGUCCAUUCUUUGUUUCUCUUUCAUGGCAUAUAUCUGGUCUAUAAGUCUAAUCAUGUUUUUGACUAUUAAUUUUUUAUAUAUAAUCGAUUAGAAGGAG